GAUGUAAACAAUCCCAUUAUCUACUCUACCUGCUCUCCCGUCCGCAACGAUCACGCUGCAUUACGUUUGAUAAUCUCUUUGUUGUUUGGCGCAACCACGACACCUCUUGCAAUUACAAUAUACAACCUUCUCCACUCAAACAGCAAAGCAGUGGGUGCUUGAGAUUGUAGAAGACUGCAAGACGCUCCUCAUUUAAAGCAAGAUGACUUCCUUCAUCACCACCGUUAAUAGUAAUCAACGUACACGAAACCAAUUUCGACCACGAAAUGCGCAUAAAGGCACAACGAGCUACCAAUUGCGACAAUAUGCCGAAGCAACACUUGGGGGUGGUAGUCUGAGGAAGGUUGUCAAACUGCCAGAAGGUGAAGACGAGAAUGAGUGGCUUGCAGUCAACAUGGUGGAUUUUUACAACCAUAUAAAUUUACUGUACGGUUCAAUUACAGAGUUUUGCUCUCCACAAUCCUGCCCCGAGAUGAAGGCUACGGAUGAGUUCGAAUAUCUCUGGCAAGACAACGAGAAUUUCAAACGGCCAACCAAGAUGCCUGCGCCGACUUAUAUUGAACAUUUGAUGGCCUGGGUCCAAGCCAGUAUUGACAAUGAAACUGUUUUCCCAAGUAGAAUUGGUGUCCCCUUUCCAAAAGGCUUCUCAACCAUGAUCAAGCAAGUCUUCAAGAGAAUGUACCGAGUCUAUGCCCAUAUCUACUGUCAUCAUUACCCUGUUAUUCGUGAACUUGGGUUAGAGGCCCAUCUUAAUACAAGUUUCAAGCAUUAUGUUCUCUUCAUAGAUGAACACGAUCUUGCAAGCGGCAAAGACUUUUGGGGACCUCUGGGUGAUCUCGUCGACAGUAUGCUCAGGACCGAUUAGAAGAUUGAUUGAUGAUGAGGUCAUGAUACAUGUAUUAAUUCUAUUGGCGUUUAGGGGCAUACCCAGGUAAUUCUGGAGUCAUAGGACGGGGAAGGACUUCUAGGCGGGAUGGUUGGCGGAUUGGACCAAAAAGGUAUGGGGAAUGGGGGAUGGAAUUAUCAUCAUAGUGUACUUAUAGGUUACCAGCGAGCAAUCGACAAAUACUGACUUUCAAUCAUUUCUAUCA